AUGUCUUCCUCUUCAGAUACAAACUCGGACGACAAGGCGAAUGCGACUACAGUCGUUGAAAGCCAAGAUCAACACCAGUUACCACCACCCCGGCCGAAAUUCUUCUACACUACCCUGUUCCAGAUCCUUGUCGUCGGGUUCUGUGCAUUCUGCGCCCCAGGAAUAUGGAGUGCAAUGAAUGGUCUAGGCGUGGGCGGAUCCCAGAGCCCGGCCCUGGUGAACGCAGCCAACGCCCUGCUCUACGCCUUCAUGACACUUACCUGUUUUGCAGGCCCAUUCCUCACCAAUGUGAUUGGCUUCCGCUGGACCCUGACGCUUGGUUCCCUCGGCUACCCGCUCUAUGCUGCAGGCCUGUAUCUGAACAACCGUACUGGCGCGACGUGGCUGGUAUAUUUUGGGAGUGUCACUUGCGGAAUCAGCGCCGGCUUCUUUUGGAGCGUUGAGGGUGCUAUUGCCACAGGAUACCCCGAGAACCACAAGCGCGGUCGCUACAUCGCAACCUGGUUCACUUUCCGUAACUUCGGCAACAUCAUCGGUGGUGCUGUGUCUUUGGGCAUAAACCACAAAGUGAACCAGCGUGGCCAGGUCGGAUAUGAGACCUAUCUUGCUUUCAUCGCCAUUCAAUGUCUCGGUCUCUUCAUCGGACCCUUGUUGUCAAACCCGGAAAAAGUCCAACGAGACGAUGGUACCCGCAUCGAGGCCCCCCGCGGCAUUCAUUGGCGUGAAGAGAUCACCGCCAUGUGGCGGCUGGCGCGGAGCAAAUCUAUCCUGCUUCUUGUCCCACUGUUCUGGUACUUUGGAUGGAUCCAGGCAUAUCCUGGCACAUACCUCGCGACCUACUUCACCGUUCGCUCACGUGCCUUGGGAAGCUUCAUGUCAGCAGUUGUGGGAACACUCGCAACCUGGUUGGGCGGGUCACUUGUGGAUCUACCAUGGCUGAAUAACCGCAAGCAUCGAGCCGUCGUCACAUUCAUCGUGAUUGCGCUCAUGAACAGCGCUACCUGGAUUUGGGCUGUUAUCAUUCAGUACGAGUAUAGCCAUACCCGCCCCGUGUUGGACUGGGGUGACCAGCGCUCCUUUGGCCGUGGGUUUGGCUUGUAUCUAUUUGAACGAAUCAGUCUUGGUCUUGUGGAGAAUUACAUCUACUGGUGCAUUGGCAAUCUGUCGGACUCACCUGGUGAUCAAAUCCGAUACAGUUCCUUGCUUCGGGGGAUUGAGACUGCUGCGGUUGCUGUUGGAUUUGGUGUCCAGGCUGUGCCGACUGUCCUCAUUGCCACCGCUAGUAUUAAUUUUGGCCUCUGGUUCUUUGCCUUGCCAUUCAGCUACUAUGCCACAGUGCAAGUUGUCCGCAAGUUUGAGCAAUUAGAGAGAGAGCAGCAGGGUGCUCGUGGGGUAACCCACCGGGUUGAGGAGAAAUGA